GUGAAGAAUGCGCCUGCUCUCGCCUCGCCUCGCUUCAGUGUCGCCGACUUUCAUGGCGCCCGCCGCUGUCUUGCGCUCGCAUGCUUCCCCGCUGGGCUGAUCUGGAACCAGAAACAAUCCUCUCCCAUCCGCCUUCUCUCUGCUGGCCGCGCCCCCAUCCGAUCUGCCGCCAUGCCCAAGGUGUCGACGGCUCUGCUGCCUCUGGCCUUUGCCGAGGGUGCUCGCGAGAGCCAGACGCUCAACGAGCCCUUGGUCCAUCUCACAUCCAGCCUCUGGGACCGCCUCGUUCAGGACGGCGCCCGACUUCGGCCGCCCAAGCGGAGCAUGCCCUCGGCCGAUUCGAUCUUCAUAUAUGCCAUCAUCAAGGAAGCUCUUGGUGCCAGCGGAGCUGUGGGGGCCCCCAAUGGCGCAGCCAGAAUCCUGGCAUCCAUCCUAACCCUGGCCCAGAGGAUUCCCGGAGAAUCGGGCUUGGCCCACAACAACAUAUCGCACCCCACAAUGUUUCUUCCCGAUUCGUUUGUCGAGUGUCAUGAUCUCGCAGGUCACGUCAAGCGUUUGCUGCUUCCAGACCAGCACGCCCGACCCGAAAGCAGCCGUCUCUCGAUCGAGCUCGAGCCAGCCGUCUUUGUCGAAAUCGACAGGGUGAUCCUGGGGGCACUGGACGACGCCUCGUAUUCGGCAAUCGAGUCGAAAUCGCUCCAAUGGCUCCACAAAGUUCUUGCGGACGACUAUGCCGUGCUGAGACAAGGCAGCACCUACCGAAUCUCAAUAUCCGGAAUGGUCUGUCGCUUCAAGGUGCUCAUGAUCACGCCCGUGAUGCAGGGCGUCGUUAGCGCCGCAACCAAGCUUGUGGCGACAUGCAUCCCGGAGUACUCUAUCGACAGCGACAGCAACUUGCCGGCCGUCCAACAGCACGACUCCCUGAUCCACCGGCAAGACAGGCACGAUGAUAUGGCUACGACCGACUGCACGCAUCCUGCCCUCUAUUUUCCACUGGCCGUCGCUGGCAAGGCCGGCAUCACCCCUGAUCAGGGCAUCGAUGGACUGUUUCAGAUGUUCGGCAGCGGCUCGUCCAUUCGCACGGUGACUUCCAAACAGCUGUCGCCGUACACUGCUCUGCCAGAACACCAUCUGUUGGAGCCGCCGCCGGGGAGAGAUGAAGACCCGGAGAGAUUCGUCUAUGCAAGUCUGGAUGACCUUGUCGAACUUGGGAUCUUUAGCGGCUCGGCCGUGCAGCUGAUUCCGCGGCAUCCGCAGAGCCAUCCACGCCUUUGCAAGAUUUUUGCUGCAGAGUUGCCAAGAGGGGCCAUAUACUUGCCUCCGACACUAUAUUUCAACUCUAUCGAUGACCUUGCCGACAAGGGUCUUGUUGGCAUCCGCUCCCUCCCGCCAUCGAUGAGUGCUUCAGCCUAUGACUCCAGCAAUGUUGCCCAGAAGGUUACGCUGGCCCGAGUCUCGGAGCCAGCAACUACGGCCCAAAGCAACAUACGGAUAUCCGAUUAUGCGAUCCAAAAAUACUUUCGGUCGAAGCAUCGGCUGGUGACCGAAGGCGACGUCAUUGGGAUCCCGUUCAAUUUGCGAGACGCAUCGCUGUCUUCCAGCGCCCUAUUCAAAGGCAAAGGCGAUGAAACUCGGUUCUUUGAUGAACUCGACCCUUACAUGGAGCCCUCGUUUGGGCUGAUUUACAUCAAAGUCGUCAAAAUCGAGUGCGAGAGCGGCUUGCCCGGAGCCUGGGUUGAUCCAGACCGGACCAUGGUCCUCGAGCAGGGACAGGUGCACACUAGAGUGCCGCCGGGACUCUUGGACUUUCUGCAACUCGGUCUGCGCAUUGAGUUUGGUGUCGAAGAUUCACUCUACAAGAAAGUCAGCGAGCUGUUCAUGUCGUUCCUCAAGUCAGACAAGCUUGCUUCCAAACUGGUGUGCUCUGUGCUCCUGCACGGUCCAAAGGGUGUCGGGAAGCACAGUCUUGUUCGCCAGGUGGCCGAUUCACUUGGAGUGCAUGUGCUGCAGGUUGAUUGCUAUGAGCUGGUGGGCGAGAAAGAAAAGGACAUGGGCGCCCUGAUGGACUUUUACUUUGAGAAAGCUAUGGGAUGCUCGCCAUGCAUCUUGAUUCUCUCGGAUCUUGCUGCCAUAUCCAAGAAGGACCCAAGCAAGCGCGCAGAGAGUGCGCCGGUAGUCGGAUUGCUCCAGAAGAACUUUGAAAAGAUUCCUCGCUCCUACAUCAACACAACCCAUCCGACCUUUAUUGUCGGGGUGGCCGAUAGUCUCGACGAUAUUUCCGAGCCCGUGCAGGAUUGCUUCCAGCACGUUUUGUCGAUGAAGGCCCAGGAGGAAGACGAACGGUUGGCCAUCCUCAAGAGCCGGACAAGGGACAUGAACCCCUCAAUGGACAUUGACUGGGCAUAUCUGGCUCGCCACACCGCUGGGCUGCUCGCUGGAGACCUUGUCAGUCUCGUGAGCGAGGCCAACACCGCCAUGCUCAAGGAAGUCGACGAGUAUUUAAAACGCACCAAGCAGAACAUUGAUCCCUUGUCUAUCAGGCUCGCCCAGCCAGUUCUUGCGAUGAAGCACUUUGUGGCUGGUCUGGACAAGAUCCGAAAACAACACGCCGAUAGCAUCGGCGCACCAAAGAUCCCACAGGUCAAAUGGGAGGAUGUCGGUGGCCUGCAGCAUGUCAAGGAAGCCCUGAUCGACACGAUUGAUCUGCCGCUGAGGCACCCUCAACUCUUUGCCGAGGGAAUGAAGAAGCGGUCCGGCAUCCUGCUCUACGGCCCACCUGGAACAGGCAAGACCCUCGUCGCCAAGGCCAUCGCCACGAACUUUUCGCUCAAUUUUCUCUCGGUCAAGGGCCCGGAGCUGCUCAACAUGUACAUUGGCGAGUCCGAGGCUAACGUCCGACGGAUCUUUGAGAAGGCCCGCAAUGCGAAGCCGUGUGUCAUAUUCUUUGACGAGCUGGACUCGGUUGCUCCGAAGCGUGGCGACAAGGGCGACUCGGGCGGGGUCAUGGACCGGAUCGUCAGUCAGCUGCUGGCCGAGCUGGACGGCGUCGCCGGCGGAACUGGCGGAGAUGUGUUUGUCAUCGGGGCGACGAACCGCCCGGAUCUUCUGGACUCGUCGCUGCUGCGACCCGGAAGAUUCGACAAGAUGCUCUACCUCGGAGUCAGCCCGACCCACGCGGACCAGCACCGAAUUCUGGAGGCGCUCACUCGCAAAUUCGUCCUUACUCCGGACUUGGACCUUCGUGAGGUUGCGGAUCGCCUCCCGAUGAAUCUCACAGGCGCAGACCUCUAUGCACUUUGCUCGGAUGCACAACUCAAGGCAAUGACGAGGACUGUCCAGAGAGCAGAGAGUGAGAUUGAGCGGAUCAGUCGCUCGGAAGGCAGAGUGCUGUCGAACAGCGAGUAUUUUGAAAAGUACGCAUCGGCAGACGACCUUUGCGUCCAAGUAAGGCACGAAGACUUUGAAGCAGCCGCCGCUGAUUUGACCCCAAGCGUCUCGGUCGCCGAACUCGGGCGGUAUGAGGAUAUCCGGCGCAAGUUUGAAACCAGCCAAGACACCCAGCAACCACAGCCACAACAGCAACAGCAACAGCAACAGCGGCAGCAUCGGAGUCAAGAACAGGCACAUGAACAACAUCAACAACAUCAACAACAUCAACAACAUCAACAACAGCCGCAACAGUCGCAGCGAAAACAACAGCACGCGAGUGGGCCGGAUUCUGCUGUCGGCUCAGCAUCGGGUGGCGCUGACAAGAAACCGUCCGCUGACCGAAAGGGAAAAGGACGAGCAUGAAGGUGGAAACGGGCCGGGAAUGGGGUGGAAUCUGUGGGAUGGGAUCUGUGGG